AUGGUGCUCUCAAACAUCUUCAGAUUGACUGGUUAUGAGAGGCUUCACUGGGUUCUCUUGACACCAGAAGCUGGGGGGCCAGCCGGGGGCACAGAGGCUGCCAAUCUGGUGUUAGAGGCGUUUUUAAAGCUUCUGAACCUGGGGCACUUGACAACAUGGAGAGUAAUACCAAGCGAUGAUACAAAAACAGGGGGGGGAGUACAGACCUCCCCCCUCGAGCUCUGGCACUUUGAGACGGUGUCCUCCGCCCCCAGCGAUGAUCCAAACAAAGAACUGCUGAUGCUGCUACCCGGCUUCCAAGUGACCGCAACUGGAACAUGGAGCCCCCAAUCACGGCAGCCAUCGGUCUCUGACGCGCUCUCGCAAGCAAUCGCCAAUAAGCUGGAAAGGGCGUUCAAGGACCUGUCCUACCACAAAUUUGGGGACGUGUUCAUCCGCACCGGACGACAAGACCCGUCAGUAGAGAGUCCCCUCCUUGCGUGCGAGGUCCGUCUUUUGAGCAGCCCCGACUCCCUCUACCUCCAGGCGAAUGUUUCAAGGCGGAAUGUGCGCCGUCUUAAACUGAGCGACCUUUCCGCCAGUCGCCCGCUCAAAGUCAUCUGCAGCCCCUCUGGCGAGCCCGCCUUCCUUCUCGGCUCUUGCUCCCCUGAACUCGUGGCACGGCUAACCCAGCCUGACUUAACCCAACCCCUCGACUUCGAGCCACGUUCUGAGGACUUGGACAGCCGGGAAAAGCACCGGGCUGCGAAGAAGUCUGAAAAACGACGGGGAAAGCAUGAGGGUCGUGCGGAGGGGAUUGGUCAGCAUGUGGAAGUACAGUUUGACGGGAGCUCACAUGCGGGCAUAAAGGCUGGGGUUACCAGGCGGCCAUCCGAAACCCUUCGAAACCCUCUGGAGUUGGAUAAGGUCGAAGUGGAACAGCGGCCGGCUGGAAUACUAGAAGACGAGUCUGAGGAGAAUCGGGAGGCGGAUACACAGACGGGUCGGGAUUCUGAUCACCCGCCUGCCGGCGGCCCUGCCACUGCUGAAGAAUCGGACAGGGGGUUUCAGGUCCUCAACAAGGCUUCAGUCGCUCAAAGUCUCUCUGCACUUGAUUGCCCUAAACAGAGUCCAGACCAACUGAAUCCGGCCGGACGAACUUCGGCCGGGCGGAACUCAGCUGGGCCGGACAGGCUGAUCCUCCCGGUUGAGCGGGUGCUGGUCUCACUGCCGAACCUCAGGCAAUGCGCGGCCGAGCUCCGGAUCGGCAUGGGUUUAGAGACGGUUAGCGGUGUCGGCGUCACAAACGGUUUCGAAAACCCGCAGGUGGCCAGCCUUGCCGGCUGGCCGUCCGAGCAAGAAGCCAGCGACGAUGACAGCGGAAGCGAAAGCGGAAGCUUAGUUGACACCGACGCAGAGGACGAGCCUGCGGAGGGGCAGUUGCCAGAGCCUGGUGUCAAGGCGGAGGUCGCGGGUCACAAGCGGGACCGGUCAGAGGGGCUGCGGAAAGACGACGGACCGCCUAGUAAAGUGCAGAAAACCGAGGGGGGGGCGCAAAGUUUGGAGCUUUUGGGUUCCGGGGCUGGGGAAGGGGGCGCCGGCACCGGAGCGGGCUGGUGGCAGGACGACGGGAUGGAGGUGGGGCUCCUAGCGGAUUUCGCGGACUUCGGGGACGCGUUUGCGGACGUGGGGGGCUUUGGCGAGCUCCCCGGAACAUCACCUAAAGGCAGCCCCGAAGCCGCCACAGAAGCACCCAUCCUCGAGGACGUCAUUUCCCCAAGUGCCUCUGCUGCUGAGCCGUUACCUGGUGCUCGCGACGGAACCGCUUCCCAUUUCUCGGCAGGAGCAAGCGAAGUGGACCCCAGUGAACCUUUAAAGGUUCUGUUGGACGACCUGUUUUUGGAGCCCACAACCAACGAACGGCCGCUUUCCAAAGGUCUUCAAGAAGGUUCUCCGAGUCCAACCUACAGUCUAGCGCAGACUAAACCCUCAGGGGGGGUCGCUGAAGAGGACGACGGGCUGCUCUUGGUUCCCCCCGAGUACAGGGCGGCUCAGCUGAGUCUGCCAGCGCGGAGCGAUUCCUCCCAUGAGGACGCGACCCGUGUCCGUUAUCGACCUGAGGAGACGAAAGUCGACUUUAUUCGGGCGGUGCUUGGGCAGGGAAAGGGCACGGCUUAUGAGGCGCUGCCAGCUGGCACGUCCGGAUUGGAUGAGGGUCCGGCUGAGGAAGUGCAGCUAAGGGGAAAGUAUCCGAAGCCGAGGGUGCGGAAAACCCGGAAAGGGGAGCUGGUUGUGGCGGAGAGAAGUGGGGAACAUCUAGAGGGUUCCGGGAAGCCGAACGACGGAAACGGAAGCGAGCCAAGGGAUGCGCAGGAGGAAGUCGGGAGAGCGGGAGAACGGAAGGCCGGAAAGCGGAACAGUGAAGGAAAGGGGCGCCCCUUUGAGCAGAAGGAGGAAGGCUUGAGCGGACAACGUUUUUCCGCUCGGCUGCGGAGCGUCGUUGCUACAGACCUAGUGCUCUUGCAACGGGAGGCUGCCAGGCUGACCCGAAGAAACGGGCUUUUGGCAGCGGCUAGCAAUGACGGAAUCGGUUCAGAAACGGGUUUUCUGCAACCCAGUGCCGACGCUUUGGCGGGGAUCCAUUCUGAGUGGGCGGGGUCUGCAAGUGCUCCGAACCAGCAGCAACCGGGGCUGCUUUUACGAGGGUCUGUGGAAGGAAGCUCCGACAAGGGGUUCCAAAAAGCAACGCCGGAUUGGGGGGCUGGGGUGGAAAGAAAGCGGAGACUGCUUUCUCCGCUCUUGUUGCAACAGGCAGUCUCGGGUUGCCACAAUAUUGAAGCCGGGUUUAGAACCGGUCCCUGGGACGAACCGGAGCUCGCAGCAGUUGGACCGGUAUCUGCUGUUGCAGUUGCUGAGGUGUUGGCUUCGGAUGUCUCUGAAGCGUUUCGGGCCGCGUUUGGGGAGGAUAAGUUUUGCGGUCCGCUGACGGUUGAUGAGCUGUGUCAAGAGAAGAGUUUCGGGGGAGUGCUCAAGCCUCCCCUCGCGAUGCAAAUUGGGUCUCCUGCAAUCGAGCACCCAGUGACACCCCCCCAGCUAUGGGCCGUCACCCUAAAACCUUCCGGGGGGGUCGGUUCCGCAGGCAAAUCUGUCCCCCCGCUAGAGAACCCGGACGUAACGGAUGCGGAGACGGUGGAAACGGACGUGGGCAUUUUCAAGCUUCUGAGCGCCCCCCCGUUUCUGGUCGGGUACCAGGAAGACUGGCUGAGGAUUCCGCAGGGGGUUCUGAAGCAGUGGGAAAAGGCCCCCCUGGAGCCAUACGCGGCCCCGAAAUCGGUUGUUUACUACGCUUUCUGCCCUGCCACUUCGGAGCUGGUUUCGCUGUGCGGACGGUAUUUAAAGGAGGUCGGAUCGACGUACGAGAUGUGCCAGCUGGGCAGCCACGUGGCAGCUUCCCUGCCACCCGAUCUGGCUACUGCAAGCGCCCCAGGGAUUGCGUCAGUGGCAAUUGCUUCAGAUCCGACGGUUGGAAACGAGGCUACUCUGAAGUCGGGGGGGGAACGGGUAGAGGCGUUUGUGGAGGGUAUUCGCACCGCGGCAACAAGGCUGCGACUAGUCGGUGGGAAUGGGCGCGAGGGCAGAGAAGGCAGCGAGGACCCGUGCGUGGUGGUCUACGUGGUUCUCCCGCUCUGCACCGACGACCAGGCGAAAACCGCAACCGCGACAAUCGCAAGUAUCCUUUCGGGGGACAGAACCGGACACCGGACCUCCGGAACCAGCGGAAUCUCACUCGGGGUCACUCAAACCAGCCUCGCAGAUACCCGGCUCACUCUGCAAGUCAUUUCGGAAAGAGACGUGACGCGGGCGGGGUUCCAAACCGGGGCGCAGGAAGCUUUCAAGCGGGUCGCUUUCGACGUGUACACAAAGGCCCGGGGAACGAAUCGCAAGCUGCCACGUGGCAUUAAUAUCGACGGUUCUUCGAAGGGCAAGGCGCAGGAGGAGGGUGCGGGGUCGGGCGACCCAGGAGGGGACGGGCCGCUCUUGUUUGAGCCGCUGGUUGUGUUGGCGGAGCACCCCCCGAUCUGCCCGGUUGGACCUACCGGGCGCUCGGAAGAGAGGGAGACGGGCGAACUAGAGGCGGGGGAACACGAUCUCGGGGCGGGCUCCUCGGUGCAUUGCUGCUAUGUGUGGGCGAAUGACGGGGCGACACUUGUCAGCGUGUGGACCGACGGACAGGGGGAGCUGCUCGAUGCGUACGUCCAGACUCUUGCGGGCGACAAUGCUCUGCGGAGUCGGAGAACGGACGUUGCAGAAAUUGGGGGGUCACUUUCGGCAGGAAUGGCAGAGCUUUUGCAGCCAGGACUGGCUGAAGGGGACGGACCAGAAUUGUCCCAGUCCGGGGGGGUUCAACGAAGAGCGGGGCCCUUGGAGAAUGAUUUGAAUCUAGAGCCUCCGCAGAAGGAUACGCACUUAGAAGUAGAGGGUGCGUGUUCACACCAGGCUUUGGAGGCUCUGCUGGGCGGACUCCUGGACCAGUGUGAAUAUCUACUUGCGCUGGUGGAGGCGGCCAUCCCCGAAGGCGAGAUCUCCCCCCCUUGCCACGUCAUCAUGUCCCGCCUUGGGGGGAUCCCCCACGAGGAGUCGCUGGUUUGGGCGCGCCUCCUAGGAGGGCGUCAGCAUGACGUCAGCAAGAUGCUCCGGCCGGUCCUGCACGCUGGUCGGUCUCCGCCAAGUGGCGCCGAUAUGGCGCAUGACGAGCGCUUCGCUUCAGGGGGUGUGCCGGGCCACGGGCGAAACCUCAGCCUCGAAAUGGGGGGCGACGCGCUCCCCCCUGACAUGGAACGGUUCCCAUUUUUGGAGCAGCAGUGCCUGAGCCCUGUCUCCCCCGGCGCGUUCGGCGGCCGCUUUGGGGGAGGUGACGAACGCGGUUUCCAGAGCCCCCCCGAAACGGGGAGAAGGGAGCCACGUGGGUCACUUGCAAGCGUCACGUUGGUAGUGCUUGAGCGGGAGCGCAGCCUGCAGUUGGUGCACGGGGGAGACGAGCGGCAGGGAAGCGGCAGCAACCCGAUUGCCGGCAUGUCCGCCCGCGCGGUGCCCCCAAACCGGAACGACCAGCUUUUCAUCCCCUCCAAGCCGCUGCAACGCCUAACCCGCGGUCUAAGUCAAGACGGGCAAGUUGAACCCCCGCUAACCCCAGUCGCAAGCGGCUACCUCUUGGGUGACGUCAGGGACGAGACGCGUGCCGUUUGUGACGUCAUGUCCGGGGUCGGAUCGUUCGUGGCCGGGGACGACUGGCCGGCCGCAGUACGCGUGGACUUGAUCAGCCACUUCGCGGUUUGCGUCGACAAUGUAAAUACACUCACCCCGGUAGAAAAUGGUCAGCAGGGCGCAAAACUGCUAGAGUCGAUCAUUGAGGGCUUCCAUGCUCUGUCGUGGUUAAACGCCACCGACACCGGGGGCUGCAGAAGUUCCGUUCUGCCUAUGCAUGCGGCUAUGGUAGAGCGGAUUGUUGACAGUGUUAUCGACUGA